AUGAAGUCUGAGAAGUUUUUCAAGGGAGUUUGGGAUGGAGGAGAGAUGUCUUACGUCGAGGCUGGUAAAUUUUUCAAUGAUGAGAAGACUAAAAAAAGGAUGGAAGCUGUUGGUGUAGAGAUUCUGAAGGGAUUGCCAUUUGGUGGAUUUGCUGCUUCCGCUAUUUCAAAGCCAAAACAGCAAGAAAUCAAGACUGAAGGAUCAUCUCUUCAAGAAUCCGAAAUCAAAUCAGAAGAGUCGAAGACGAGUGACCCUCCUUUUGCCGGGAUUCGGCAAAAGCACGGUCACUCUUCGAAGAUGUCAAUCGAAGAUUUGGAAGACAAAGUACGAAUGCUAGAGGAUUUCAUGGUUGAAAUCAAAAGAACUCAAAUGAAUGAAUCUAAACAUACCCACUUCCUCCUCUCCCAGCUUCGACGAGAAAUCAGCCAACACGAACUUCGAGUCGAAGCCCAACUUCUUGAGAUGAAGAAAGAGCUUGGCGAGAGGAAAGCGAAGAAAAGGGGAACCUGGCGCCGAUUCUUCUGCCUUUGA